CCAAAAACGCAUGAAAACAGGCAUCAUGGGGUUCCCACCAAGCGGGAUUAAACGUUAAGAGACUGGGCAUGCCAGUCAGUCGACACACUCAGUACUUUUACUAUCCGAAUAAGCGGUCCGCGGACGUAAUACCGACACGGAUCUACCGGAAAGACCAACCACAAGGGUCUAGUCACUAUGGCAGAAGAGAUGGUGGAGCUCGGGUUCGAGGGUCUUGACAAGUUCACCGACAAGUAUUUUGACAAAACCUACGAUCGUCUUCCGGCGUUUCCCAAAUCAGCAAAGAAGAAGCGCAAACUACAAGCGCAGUCAGGACAAUACCGGCAAAACGCACAAGGCCAACCGGUUCAAAACGCACAGCAGCCGUCCUACCCAGCUCAAAACGCUUCGCGGCAUCCUGACAAGGGGUACACUUCGCCUCGUUCUGCUGCACCGAAGAGUGUAGACGGUUAUAAUUCGGACCCAGAGAUGUAUGCGCCAGACUAUGGACAAGACCGUUAUGGACCAGACGCUCGGUACUACGAGACGGAACAGAACGAUCACAGAGCGCCGGGACCAGGGUUCAAAGUCCCGCGCGGUCGCGACGGACCGAGUGAUACCCGCGACAUGCAGCCAUACCCACAGCAAAAUCAGCCUGACUAUGGUCAACAACGCGGGUACGGGGGCGCCGGCGGUAGACCAGGUGCCCAGCGAAGAGGCUCGUCGUGGUCUCCGCCGCGCUCUGAGAGACAGGGCCGACGAGACACACGACGCCGUCAGUCGAACUCGCGCUCCCGGUCUCGUCAUGACAUGAAGAGCCGUCUGAUUGCGACCGUUGGUGGCGCAUUGGUGGGCGGCAUAGCAGGCAACCAAGCGACCAAAGGCAAGAAGUACGACACUGUUGCGACGAUUGCCGGAGCCAUCAUAGGCGGGGUUGGUGCAAAAGAGGCCGCGGGCCAUUGGGACGAAAGGAAAAGGAAGAAGGAGCAGCAAAAAAACGGUGAUUGGGAGGAGGACUCUGAUGACAACAAGCGCAGGAAUGACCGCAGGAGAGACGACAGAUACGACCGCAACGAUAGGUACGAUGACCGAUAUGAGCGCGAUGACCGAAGGAGAUACUAGACAUGCUUCAGGAUGGUGGGCCCGGGCUGACAAGGUAUGCGGGACUUUGGGGCUGGCGCCAGGCGUGCGCGACAUUUCUUAGGGGCGAAGUUUUCAGCCCUCUGGUAUGGAGUUCUGAAUGGCGCAAUUUGGCACACGAUACCUUUGUACGAUUUGACGAAAACUGGAUGACAUGCAGGAGGAGUAAACGUUUGCUGCGGGAAUGACGUGCGACGGGCGUGCCAUGUCUGCGACGUGAUCUGAUGCGAAGGGGAGGGGCCACGCGACGGUGGAAGUUCACAGGAGGCGCCAGGGGGCCGACUGUCGGUGCGGUGGUGGGCUGCCGUUCGUAAUAAUAGCCGAUACACGAGGCACAUCUCUAUGCUUUUUCCGGCAAAGAAAUUCCAGAAGGCUUCUGGAGGGUGUGAAGAAGUUUUGAAGCGGAUGCGGGCGUGACAGACGCACUGUGUAGAUAUUCCCAAGCUUGAUAGCGAUGAUAAGAGGCAAGGUUGAG